AUGGUGACUCAGGCUGGAUGCGAGACGGUCGAGGAAGACGAGCGAGGAGGAGAUUGGUGGCUGCUCCUCUGCUCCCUCACACCAACACCAACUCCGCUGCCUUUCAUCCACCCCGCUCUUUCGCCCCCCUGCCCCGCCUGCCCCUAUCUGCCCCAGCAAAUCGCGCCAGUCGAUUUCAUGACCACGGACAUCCAGAAUCUCAAGUCCUUCGAUCCGUUCGCGGAGGUCGACGAUGCUGGAGGCGAAGUAAAGUCCACGCAGCAGAACUACAUCCACAUCCGUAUACAGCAGCGCAAUGGUCGUAAGACCCUAACUACGGUCCAAGGCCUACCCAAGAAGUUUGACCAGAAGAAGAUCCUCAAAGUCAUCAAGAAGAAGUUCGCCUGCAAUGGCACCGUCGUCGCAGACAGUGAGAUGGGCGAGGUGAUCCAGCUCCAGGGCGACCAACGCAAGGAUGUUAUGGACUUCUUGACCGACAAGAAGGAAGGCCUGGGCCUUGAUGGCAAGACCAUCAAGGUCCACGGCUUCUAA